CAGUGGUUGCCCUUUAACCCUGUGUGCUUGUCUCUGACAGGUGUCACCUGUGGGCACCACUCAGGGGCACCUGUGAGGCAGGGGACGCGGCGGCCCAUUUGAGGGAGUGUUUCCUUUGAAGAAGAGGGAUGGCGGGUUCUUACCUCCCGGGCCCCAGGCCCCGUGCGGAAGAGGCCAGGCGAGCAGAGCCCUUAGGAUGCUGUGCCCGUCCCGGGAGGGCUGGUGGAGGGGCCCUGGUUGAUCAGACGGUUGGAUCAAGCUCAGAACCGGAAGUAGAAUUAGGUUGGAGGAUGCCUGGGACGAGCAUGUUCUGGGGCCACAGCCCACCUGGCCAGCCCCAGCCAUGGGAUUUGGGUUCACACCCCAGGCUAAGCCUCGAAGCAGGAAACGCCUGGUGCCGUUUGGGGGCAGAGGUGCUGAUGCUGAUGGACCAGAACGUCCUUGGGCUCCGUUUGGUCAGCCUCCGAGGAACAGCUCGGACGAGGGCAUCCUCUCGGUGAAGCACACACCGCAACGGUCCAACCAGGGCCUGCCCGAGCCGCCCCCCGCCCACUCCAUUCCCAGAGCCCCAGUGCGGGGGCAGAGCCGGGCUCCCGGGCCUGGCUGUUGGGAGAGAACAUGGGUGGUGGCAGCCGGCGGGCCUCCGAGGCCACUUGCCGGAAGCGCCUUCCCGACAGGGCUCGGUUGGCACUGCCCCGGCCCCCUCACCCUCUUCCUCGGGUUUCUGACUCCACCUGGAGAUCCUGCUUCUGUUCUCGGUGUUCCGAGGCUGCCUCUGCCCAGGUUUGUCUCCAUCACGUGCGCUGGGGGAUGUUUGUGGGCGACCAGGCUGAGCUGUCUCACCUCCGACCCUGGGAAGGGAAGCGCUUCUGUCCGUGGGGGAGCAGGAGCCUGGCCGGUCCUCGGCAGAGGCCUGGGCCCUGGGCUGGGAGGGGCGCGGGGGCGUGGGCUCCACCGUUACACCUCCGAGGGAGCGUCUGACCCCGUGUGUGGGUUCUGUGGGCGCCUUACCCCUGCCCUGGAAUCGGCCCGUCCAUCUCCUCACUGGUCCGGCCCCAGCCUGUGCCCUCAGCCACCUACCUUCACAGGGAGCGUCUCUCCUUUGACCCCAGGUUCCCUGCUCUGUGCCGGCCUGGCUCCCUCUGCCCGCCUCCCGGGCCCUCCUUGUCUGCCGGGAAGCAGAGCCGCAACCUCGCCGAAUCCACCCACACGGCUGGGCCGCGGCAGCAGGAGGAAUGGUGUGCGUGCGCUCCAAGGGCUCGGGAAGGCGAUGCCUUGGGCGCCCGGGAGUCACGGCCGCCAGACGCACUGUCAGGCCCGUACCUCUCAGCAUCACUGUUGAGACAGAAGCGUUCAGCUGAACCUGUUUUCCGUGCUGAGCCCACAUAUGUAGGAUGAACUCGUGGUUGGGGGCUAAACCUCACAUCCGAGAAGUUACCUUGAACUAGAACAGACUGGAGCCCUCGGGCACCCGGAUCAGAGCAGGUUCUGCCAUCCCGGGCGGGCAGCCUCCAGGCCCAGGUCCUGGCUCGAGGCCGGUCUGUGGUCCCUUUGGGUGCAUCUCAAACCCUCCAGUAUGUUUGCCUUUUGCCCUUGAACUUUGGACACGAGCCCCCUGUGCCUGCUGUGUGCCCCUCAGGACAGUCCCUGGGCCCAUCCUGAAUCUGAGUGCCCCCCGCGGAGUCGCCCCGGCAGGCUGGCCGGUGCCCACGUAGCAGUUCCGAGAGCACGUGCUCUCCGCCGACAGGCUCCGCACCGUUUGAUGGGUGGGACCCCAGGGUGUUUCGGAAUGAUCCUUUGUUGUCGUACUUCCCGUGGCAGCAGACAGAACCUCUCAUCUUUCGGGGCCCCCACCCUUGAGGAGCUGCGGAUCUGCACCGCAGAGGAGGUGCCCACGCCGCCCUUCGUCUGUCCCAGGUGAGAGGGGGAGACCCGCCCUCGGAAGGUGCAGCGGCUCCAGGCGUGAGCUGGGGUGCACAGCUGCAGCCCGGGAGACGUGGGGCCCAGACACCGCGUUCUCUGCCCGCACCCACCGGGGCCUCCGUCCGCCUGGGUUGGGCUCUUGAGCCAGCUUUCCCCGCCCGGGGGGUUUAUUUCUGACAAGCGUGUGGGCUCACAGGGAGGCCCCAGCAGCUCUCCCUCCCUCAAGGAGGCUUCCUGCCUCGGCAGGUCGGUGGCCCUUCACCCACUGUGGUCGGCCAGGUCUGCCCCUGCCUCCGGGCCCAAGGUCGCUGUUGGCUGCAGGAGCACCCGUGUGGGGUGGGAGUGGUUCUAGGGACCUAACAUGUCCUUCCCACCUGGCAGGGCCCCAGGGGGUGGUCCUGGCUGCCCAGCUCCCUUGCAGCUCUGGUCCAUGGGCUUGGCCUUGAUGUGUUCGGUGCAGAUGCCUCGAGUGGCCAGGGCCCUGCAGGUCGUGGCUCAGCUAGGAGCGCUCGGCCCCUGAGUCUGCAGCAUCCCAACCUCCUUGGGGUGAGCACGCUCCCUGCCUCCCUCCCUCCCUCCCUCCAUGCACAGAGCGUGGGCCUUCCCUCAGAAGCCAGACCCUAAUGAAGGCUUUGUCUUGGUGGCAGACAGCUGUUGCCAUCGUGAUCCCCACUUUUCCUGUCUCACCGUGGUGUGAGGCGGGAGUUCACGCGGGUCCCUGGGAAUCCAGUGUUUCGUGGCUUCCUCCUCAAGGACCCACCCCCGCACCCAGCAUGCGCUGUCCUUGGUCCUGCAUGGCACAGCCUGGGCCCUGCGUCUCCGGGAUUUGCCAGGAAAUAGUCUCAAAAGGUCCCUGUUACUCCUUGUUACUCAGUUGAAGGUGAGGCUUUGGUCUCUGAACUAGGCCUUUUGUCCUCAGUUACGUGCAGCUGACUUUCAUCUGUUACAUCAUCUGUGUGCAUAAUUGAGGGUCAAGGAAACAAGGAGGGGGCUUUGCAAGACCUGCUGGGGACCCUGAGGAGCCCCCCGAGCACCUGGUGGCCUCCCCUCCGAGGGAGCCAUCCCCAUGAGCCUUGGUGUCACCUGAAGCCGGGCUGUCUGGGUGGCCGGUCUCAGAGCCACUGUGGGAGUGCAGGGAGCCUCCACCACCAGCCCUGCACCACGCGGGGCCUCCCUGGCCCGUGUCUUUCUGCCGGAUGUAGAUGCCAGGUGUCUGAAGGACCAGGUUCGGGGGAGGAAGACCUAGAUGUAGCAGCGCAGCCGCUGUGGGCAGCCAGGAGGUGGCAGCGCCAGCCCGGGGACGCAGGCCAGUGUGAGGUGGCCGUGGUGGUUAGGCUUGUCUGACAAAUGGCAAGAGCCAAAAGCGCCCCCAGCUACGGGCAAGUGUCUUUUCAAGUGAAAACUCUUAAUUAAAUGUAUUUUAAAAGCCGCUUUCACCAUCCAAGAAGGUAGGAAAUGUAUUUUGAGUAAUACGAGCUUAUUGAAAUAAACUCUCCUAACUUAAAAUCUGGGAAAGACAGUAAAUGUAUCCCUCAGAGCUCCUAAGUCAGCUCGUCUGUGUCCCUGAGUGGAGUGGGUAACGUGCUUGUUCCAAACUAUCCGGAUUGACCCUUAGAGACCACAGGCUUCGUCUUUGGGGCAGUGAGCCCUCUCCUGGGGCCGAGGACACAGCCAUCGGGGUUGGGGGUGGGGGUGGAGUCCUGUCUGGAGGGUCCCAGAGGAGGCACUUCCAGCUCAGGGCCGCCUGCUUGGCACAACCUUGACUGCAGGACCUGUGUGGCCCAUCCGAGCUCCGAGGGGCUCGGCCCUUCCAGGUCCCGGGCCUGGGCUCCCUUCACUCUGCUCUCAGUUCACCCAAGGCUUCUCCCUCCUGGACACUCUUUGUGUCCUUUCUUGGGUGGGCUUCCGGAUUUCCUCACUGCCACGCUGAGCCAGGCUUGGGAUUGGGCUUCCAGGUUAGCUUUGUCUUUGCCGAAGGACUUGGGUUCAGCAUGGGCGUUUGCCGAGACUCUGCAGGGCGGAAACGGCCAUCGGUGACUUCCUGGCGGCCCAGUGGUUAAGGCUCUGAGCUUCCACUGCAGGGGGUGCAGCUUCGAUCCCUGGUCGGGGAAACAAAGACGUGGGAGAAGGCUGCAGACACUAGGUCUGCUUUCUGGAGAGGCGUGGGUCAAAGGGCAGCCGGUAGGCUGGUCUGGGGGCAAGCAUCCUCACCUGACUUGUCCCCGGUGGGGUGGGGGAUCACAGCCCAGCCUGCCCCCACGUGCCUCCGUGCCUC